AUGCGUCUAAAGACAAUUGCUCUUUUAACGUUGAGAAAUUUAUCGCUAAAUCUGGUCAAAUUAACUACAAAUAUAAUAAUAUCUCGCAUUAGAAAAAAUGAAAUUCCAAAUGUUACUUUAUCUAGAACUGAUUAUGACAAUUAUAGACAAAAAUUUCCAAGUUCUUUACAACAAGGUGUCUCCUUUUCUAAUCAAUUGAAUCUUCAUGAACAAUUAAGGAUCAUUAAAGAUGAAAAUCAUUUUACAAACAAAUUUUUUACAGCUGUGAAAAUUUAUACUAAAAGUAUAAAAUUAAUUGCUUUUUGUCAUUUCUAUGCUUGUCAAAUUACUAUCAAAGUUGAUAGUAAUUCUUCAUUGUCAGAUUCUGACUCAGAACCCUACACAACUGACGAACAUAUUUUACAACAAUCCAGUUCAUUAAAUGAUGAUGAACAGUUAAUUAAUAGCAAUAAUGAUGAACAGUUAAUUAAUAACAAAGUUCUUAAAGUUCAAACACAAGAUGUCUAA